AUGGAGGUCGCUGUGGAAGCGCCUGCCGCCUCUACGGCUCUCAACGUCCCUUUGCGAGGGUCAGACAGCGAAAUGACAGACAUCAUUCUUCGCCGCGUCGUCGAGGUCUUUCCGCAGACGGCCGAAAUGAAGCGACUCAUGGAAAAGAGACUACAGCAGGAGCAGCGGCAGCGCGCGGAGGUUGAGGCGCGGCGCGAGCUGGAGUUGAAGGAAGAGGUAGAGAGACUGAAGCGCGAAGAAGACUUGAAGAAGCUGCGGCAACAGAAGAAGAAGCAGCGGGACAUCGAGGAGCGAAUGCGCAUGGAGGAGGAAAUGAAGAACCGAGAAGACGACAAUCUCGCGCGCUUUCUGAGAAUGUGCCUAGACAACGCGACGCCUGCAGAGAUGUCGUUCAGCGGACUCGGCUUCACCCAGGUGCAGAUUCGCGUCCUCGUGCGAGACGGCCUCGCUCUGAACCGCAGCAUCGUCGCUCUUGAUCUCAGCAGAGCGGGCCUAACCGAGGAGGAAGGCCCGAGUAUCGCCCAGAUGCUCACUUCGAACAAGGCGCUGGUGAAACUCGAUCUCGACGGGAACCACUUCGGCCUCGCCUCUGCAAAGGCCUUCAGGAAAGCCCUCGAGGUCAACGAUACUCUGCGCUCCUUGAACGUGGAGAACUGCAGCUUCACGUGUCGAGGCGACGAGCAGAGCGGCAUCGCGGAGCUGGCGCGUGGCCUGCGCGUCAACAAGGGCUUGCGCAACUUGAAUCUGCGAAACAACCAGAUUGACGACGAAGGCGGCGACGCUCUGCUGGACGCCCUAGCGUACAACAAGACGCUCAUUCAACUCGAUCUGUCCUUCAAUGACUUGACGAUCGACCAGCUGCGAGAGGUCCACGAGUUGAUCAAUCGCAAUCACGCUCUCUUCACCGAAGUCAAGAAACACGAAAAACGCGAGAGGAGAGACAUGCAUCACGAGGAGGCGCUCAUGCGCAUCUACCUUUUGCAUCUGGAAGCUCGCCGGAUAUCCAUCGAGGGCGCGGAGCGCCGGCGAAUCGCGCGAGAAAAGGCGUACGAAGACCGCAAGGCGAUGAUGAGUCGCAAAAAGAACGGAAAGGGCAAAAAGAAGGGAAAGGGCAAAAAGAGGGCUCUGCCUUCUUCGCGGGCUUUCGAUACUUCUUGUACAUCAGCGUCUGGUUUUCUUCUUUCCUCUUUUUCUUUCACUCUGCCUUCGCCGUGUCUGCCCUUCCCGUCCCCUCCCGGGUACGUCGCGGAGCAAAGGCGAAGGCUGGUCUGCGCGUCUGGCUCGCUAUCAGGAGUGAGAAAACAGGUCGUUGCUGCCUCGCCCUUUGGCGCAGACGGCGGCUGGCGGAAGCUGAGCAGCGGCGGUGCACGUACACCGGAACGCGGCGGGGAAGACGCGGAGACGAGCAAGGAUGCUGAAUAUCAGAGGGCCGCAAACGCUCUCCUUAAAACGCUUUUUCUGCAAGUUGAGGCGGAGGAAUGGGACGGCAUCGAGGACAUUGACUACCGGGUAGGUCUGUUUUUUUCUCCGUUCAUCUCAUGGGAUUCUCCGCUCAGCCCGCGGCUGUCGGCUGCGCAGACUCUCUCGUCAUCUGGGCUCCGCCAGACACAGGCUUCUCGUGUCGAGGUUUUCGGCGGCGAUUACUUCGAGUACUCAGUUCACUCGUCUUCGGGCAGUCCAGAGACGUGGCGCUCCGCUCGGUCUGGCCGCACGCUCGCCGACGUGCUGUCUUCGGAGUUGGCGCAGCUGGCAACGCAAGCAGGCGUCCAUUAA